AUGACGACAGAAAAGGACGAUAGACAAUCCAGAGUAGGAAUAAUUAACUGGAUGAGAGCCAACUUCGAUGAGGCAAGAACGGAGCUGGGCCAGAUAGACUGGAACGAAAGAUUGAUGGGUAAAUCUAUAGCUGAACAAUGGGCUACUGUCAAAAACGAAUUGGUCCAGGCACAGUCAAGGCACAUUCCAUUGAAAGGGAAAGAAGUCCUGGUUUUUGAUUUGGACAAAUUUACUUUUACAAAGAGGUACAACUACACUUUCUCUUAUUAUUACUUUAAAUCUGUCGGAUUCUUGAAGCUACAAACCAGUGUAUUUCCCAUUGCAUUCUCCUGCCGCCACCAGUCUAAAGUAUCAAUAUACCCAAAGGGAAAUAGUUUGAGUCAGUCGAAGGUGAUAUUUGAAGAUAAUGCACAAAAUAGUGCUGAAUCUGCCGGGUUACAGAAACAAGCUCGUUUGAGUGCGAGUUCUAUAAAUACUCCCGGAACUUUUAUUUUUAAGUUGUUGUCAGAAGCAGCCGCUUUGCGACCGAAAAUUCCUUCUUUACCCAUUCAAGCAGAAGAUGACCAGUUCCAAUCUAAAGGAGCUGCAGGCUGCUCUUUCGGUGAGAAAGUGUACGCUCUCCGGGAUACCUGGCACCCAGACCUGGGACAGCCCUUCGGAGUCAUGCAUUGUGUCGUUUGCCAUUGUGAGCCGCAAAGAAAUCGAAGAGGUAAAGUUAAUGGCAAAGUAAGCUGCAGAAAUAUUAAACACGACUGUCCCGAGCCUGCUUGUCGUGCCCCCAUCUUGCUGCCUGGACAUUGCUGCAAAACCUGCCCGAAAGAGAGCGCCAGAAAUCACGAGAAGAAGCCUGAGCAGAUAUUCGACGGAUUUGAAUAUUUUCCGCUUGAAAAAGAGGACAAUUUGCAAAAAAGUCACAAUGAUCGCUCUUACAUCAGCUCUGAGGAUAUUUCAAUGGAUGACAGCAGAACAGAUUUUGUAGCUUUGCUCACGGAAACAUCUGGACAAUCGCCUGCAUCCAAAGGAGUGGCCAAAGGUCGAUUUACUCUAGUCAGAUCCAACCUCAUAUUCGCCAUUCAUUAUGAAAGACUUAGCCGUCCUAUCAGGGUUAGCUUUCGGGACCGUGAUGGUACGGUUUUAUUUGAACAUCCUGUCCACAAGACAUCUUCACCACAAAGCAAUCUGAUCUGUGGCAUGUGGAGGAAUGUGCAUAAACCUUACAUCAAACUCCUCAAGUCUGAUCAGCUCCACGUUGCUCUGAUGACACAGCCCCGGCCACAUGCUGGCAUCCGAGGCAAGAUUGUCAAACAUAGGGCACUUUUUGCUGAAACAUUUAGUUCUGUUCUGACCUCAACUGACCUUGAUCGCUCAGGACUUGGUGGUAUUGCUAUGCUGACACUCAGUGACGUUGAGAAUAACUUGCACUUCAUCAUUAUGUUUGAGGGGUUGCUGAAGAGGAGUGAAAAAGACCGCAGCAUGGUGCCAGUGCGAGUGCAGUUGCUGUACAGAAACAGACCACUGAGAGAAGUCAGAGCCAACAUAAGCACCCAUGACUCUGAUUUUGGUGAAGUACUGACUGAUCUCAGCAACAAGGAGAUGUUCUUGCUUUCACGUGGCCAGCUAGAAAUUGCCCUAGAGACUGAGGGCAGAAAUCCAGAUCGUAUUUCAGGAUUCAUCACAGCCAAGAAAACAUGUGAUACUAUUCAGAGUGUGCUUUCAGGUGGAAAUGCUCUUACACCAACUAAAACUGGUGCUGUUGGCUCAGCAAAAUUUAUUUUGCAUGAUAAUGGCACCCUAGAAUUCCAGGUACAAGUAGCCGGCACAGCCAGUGAAAUCAUAGGACUCACAAUUGAAACUAAACCUCGGCGAAAGAACAAACGUAAUAUUUUGCAUGACAUAACUUCUGACUACAGGAAUAGUUUUGCAAUUGGAGUUAGCGAUAGGCUAAAUGCUAGAGACAUUCAUAUGCUGUUGCAGAAUGAGCUUUUCAUCAACGUUGCAACGAAGGAGUAUGAAGAGGGAGAGUUAAGAGGACAAAUCAAUUCUUUACUCUAUAGUGGUCUUCAAGCAAGAUACUAUGAGCUUCCAAUUCCUCUAGCUGGACAAUUUGUGGUGCCUCCCAUAAAGACUGGUUCAGCAGGACAUGCAUGGGUGUCCUUGGAUGAACAUUGCCACCUACAUUAUGAGAUAGUUGUGGCUGGGCUUAGCAAAGCUGAAGAUAUCACCAUUAAUGCACAUCUCCACGGGUUUGCUGAGAUUGGGGAAAUGGAUGAUAACAGUGGGGAGCACAAGCGCCUCCUCAAAGGCUUUUAUGGAUCAGAGGCUCAAGGUAUAUUAAAGGAUAUCAGCACUGAACUUCUGAGACAUCUUAACAGAGGAACUGCAUUUAUUCAAGUUAGCACAAAACUUAAUCCCAAAGGAGAGAUACGAGGGUCGGUGCUGAUUCAAAACCAGUGCGAAUCGAAAGGAUUUGUUAUACCUAAGGAACCCAAUUAUGAAGAUAGUCUCUUUCAGGAAAUUAAACCUGAUCCAGUGGAGUUGAAGAAAGAUCCAAAUUCUUGUUUUUUUGAAGGGCAGCAGCGAGCACACGGGUCUCAAUGGGCACCAGACUAUGACAGGAAAUGCUCCAUCUGUAGUUGCCAGAAAAGGACUGUGAUAUGUGACCCUAUCAUAUGCCUUCCUCUAAACUGUUCAGAAAUCAUUCGUGUUGAAGAUAAAUGCUGUCCUGUUUGCAAAGGGACUAGGGAGAAUGAGGAGUUGAAGGAAAUUAAGAGAUCAAAUGAAGCUACAAUUAUUCUGACGAACUAUCGAUCUCAUGUUUCAGGCUGCUAUUUUGAUGGGGACAAGAAAUGGCAUCCUGCUGGGACAACCUGGCAUCCAUUUGUACCACCCUUUGGCUAUGUGAAAUGUGCAGUCUGCACCUGUAAGGGAGCAACUGGGGAGGUUCACUGUGAGAAGGUUCAAUGCCCUCAUCUGUCUUGUAGCCAACCUGUUAGAAGGAAUGCAUCAGACUGCUGCAAAGAAUGUCCAGUUACAGAGAUUACCCCUUUUGACCAUACAGACAUGAUGCAGGCUGAUGAGCCGAGGCCCUGCAAAUUUGGGCGUCAUAUAUACACGAACAAUAAUAAAUGGCAUCCUGAAGUUCCUCCGUUUGGGGAAAUGAAAUGCAUUACUUGCUGGUGUGAUGAAGGAUCCACAAAGUGUCAACGAGAGAAGUGUCCAGUUCUAAACUGUGAGAACAUUGUAAAGCGACAACAAAAGUGUUGUCCAGAGUGUGAAGAUUUGUCUUCAUAUUAUGAUGAAGAUGGAGAGAAAUUAAAAGGCCAAAAGAAGGGGAAGAGCAGCUGGGAUUCUGAACCAUAG